AUGUACCGACUGAACUUGUUCUCUGCUCGCAUACAGGUUGCUGUACAUAUCUCAUUCUCUCUCUCUCUCUCUCUCUCUAUCUAUCUAUCUAAUUCAGUCUCUUUAUAUCUAUCUACCUACUUCAGUCCAUUCAUAUCUAUCUAUCUAUCUACAUCAAUCUCUUCAUAUAUCAUUCAUAUCUAUCUAUCUAUCUUUUUCAGUCUGUACAUAUCUAUCUAUCUAUCUAUCUUUUUCAGUCUCCUGUUCCUAUCUAUCUAUCUAUCUAUCUAUCUAUCUAUCUAUCUAUCUAUCUCAGUCUGUUCCUAUCUAUCUAUCUAUCUAUCUAUCUCAGUCUGUUCCUAUCUAUCUAUCUAUCUAUCUAUCUAUCUAACUCAGCCUGUUCCUCUUAUUUAUCUAUCUACCUCAGCCUGUUCCUCUUUAUCUAUCUAUCUAUCUAUCUAUCUAAGCCUGUUCCUCUUAUUUAUCUAUCUAUCUAUCUAUCUAUCUAUCUAUCUAACUCAGCCUGUUCCUCUUAUUUAUCUAUCUACCUCAGCCUGUUCCUAUCUAUCUAUCUAUCUAUCUAUCUAUCUAUCUAUCUCAGUCUGUUCCUCUCUAUCUAUCUAUCUAACUCAGCCUGUUCCUAUCUAUCUAUCUAUCUAUCUAUCUAUCUCAGCCUGUUCCUCUUAUUUAUCUAUCUACCUCAGCCUGUUCCUCUUUAUCUAUCUAUCUAUCUAUCUAUCUAUCUAUCUAUCUCACCUGUUCCUAUCUAUCUAUCUAUCUAUCUAUCUAUCUAUCUCAGUCUGUUCCUAUCUAUCUAUCUACCUCAGCCUGUUCCUCUUUAUCUAUCUAUCUAUCUAUCUAUCUAUCUAUCUAUCUCAGCCUGUUCCUCUUUAUCUAUCUAUCUAUCUAUCUAUCUAUCUCAGCCUGUUCCUCUUUAUCUAUCUAUCUAUCUAUCUAUCUAAGCCUUUUCCUCUUUAUUUAUCUAUCUAUCUCAGCCUGUUCCUCUUUAUCUAUCUACCUCAGCCUGUUCCUCUUUUAUCUAUCUAUCGAUCUCUCUAUCGAAGCCUGUUCCCCCCUCUCUCUCUCCAUCUAUCUAUCUAUCCUCUCUAG